UGGUUUCCGGGAUACUCUUGAAAACUAUUUUCGUUUCUCUUUCAGUGGUGUAGUAACCUCAGGACAACAACAAUCAAAGUUGGGAUUUGAAAGACUUUUCUGGAAGGAACAAAUUCAGAUGCACGAAUGUUGACAACACACCAUAGUUUUCAGUAGUUCUGUAAGUUGUUAGUGAGACAGGGAGCAGCUAGCCGUGCUAUUUUUAGCGUGCUGCUCAACAUGAAUGGCUAGCCCCUAGGCCUAGCUAGGCAUUGGUGGAGCAGGUGAGAGGAAGGGUUGUGCAUCACACGAUUGACCGUCCCACCCCUCUUCGCAAAGGACUGCGUGUAUGGUGGGAGAGGCAGGGAAGGGCUGCAUUGCUCUCAGACAAGUGAACGGAGAUCCUGAAAAUGUCAGGUCAACAACUUCGACUGCGGGUACAGACCAAACUAGGACCCAAGAUGUUGGAUGGUUUAUAUCUAGCCUCAACUGUAGGCAAGUUGAAAGAAACUAUUUCAGCAGCUGCCGACAUACCACCACAUAGAAUAAGAUUAAGACAAGGUUACCCUCCAAAGAUUAUCGAUAUAAGCAAUGACACUGCUGAGUUGUCAACAUUACCGUUUCGCUCUGGUGACACUAUCAUAGUUGAGGAGGAUGAGUCUCAUUCCCAGGGCAUGGUCCCAGAGACCAGUUCCUCCUCAUCGGACGAUCGUCUCGACACUCUGCUCCACCAUCAGUUGGAGGAAGGAGCAUCUGGAAUACUCACCCGACGUGUUGUGCCAGCAGACAAUUCCUGCUUAUUCACAAGUACUCACUUGGUCAUGAGUGAGGGUGCUUUGGACUCCAGCGAGGCGAGCCACCUAAGGGAGGUUAUCGCCGGCAUCGUCUCAAAAGAUCCAGUUACUUAUUCAGAAGCUUUUCUAGGGAAACCAAACAAGGAGUAUUGCAAAUGGAUUCGGGACAAGAAUUCUUGGGGAGGAGGAAUAGAACUGUCUGUCUUAUGUCAAUUUUACUCUACAGAGAUUGCUGUAGUGGACACUCAGAGCGGGAGAGUGGACAGGUUCGGAGAGGACAAGAAUUACAAAGAGCGAGUUUUCCUCAUCUACGAUGGAAUCCACUACGACCCUCUGGUGUAUGAAGCCGUAGACCAAUCUGGGGGAGUUUGCACAAAAUUCUCCAUACACAAUGCUGUCAUCUUGGCUCAGGCUCUAGAAUUAGCCUCCGAAGCAAAGUCAGUACGCCAGUUCACUGAUGUGGAGGGGUUUUCUUUGAGGUGCCUAGUAUGCCAGACGCCUCUGCGAGGACGGAAAGAAGCCACUGAUCAUGCCCAGGCCAUGGGGCAUCUCAACUUCGGUGAAUAUUGAUCAAAGUUAGACUCUUGCUGCCUGUAUCAAUCACAUAUCUUAUAUUUAUAUCAGGGUGCAGUUUUGUUCAAACAAAGGACCCAAAAAUAAGAAUGGAUGUCAUAAAACAUUCAAAUUAGUCAGUGGAUAGUUUUAUUCUUUCCAUCUCAACCGGAAUAAUUGUGACUCUUGAAAUGGACAUAGAAAGUUCUGGGUCUCUAAUGUAUACUGAACUGCGACUGCUGAUAGAAAAAAGAAAAAGAAAAUUAAAUGACUUGGAUGAGUUUCAUUGAAACCCUUUAUUUUUUUAGCUUCCUCUAUUCCAAGCAUUUUUAAUUUUUGUUGGAGUUGUGGAAUACAUGGUAGUAUUGGUAGUGGUCGUGAAGGGAAUAGUUCUUGUUAUAGGUGAUGAUGUGAGCCAGAAUUUUUUUGGCAUCCUACAAAUCUUAUUUCAUAUUUGUAAUAAAGUGAGCAGUAAUUCCUAUGAAGACCGAACUACAGUGUCAAUGAAAGGGAGCACAAUUUUAGCUUUUCAAUUUACGUUUUAAAAAACGUUAUUCUUGUUUUUAGUUGUUUUUUUAACGUUGCUUUUAAAAUAUUAUGUUGUUUCAGGAUUAUAGUUCAUUAAUGCGAACAUUCUGGAAUGCUGUCUCUCUUUUACUGUUAUUUUUUUCUUUUUUAUGUGUUUUUGUAUUAGUAAAUAAAGUUCUUCAAGUUGUGAUCAGUUUAGCAAAUUUUUUUUACGUUUUAAUUACUGUUUGGAAAACAUUGUUUGGUUUUAUAUAUAUUAUAUACCUCAUAAUACUAUAUUUUGAAGUUUCUCUGUGAAAGAGAAACAGUUAUGGGACCUCUAACUCUUAUCUAUUUAAGUCAGUCCAGUUUAUGGACAUAGUCAUUUCAAGUAUGUUUUAUGUUUUUGAUAAUUUAUAAAAUAAAAAAGACUGGAUUGGUGGAAUUUAUUUGAUUUGGAUCUUCAAGUUUUUAGGAACACCCGAACAAAAUGCUCAUCUACAGGUUACAGGCUGCUGGAUUUUCAUAGAGUGCUCUUUGUACUGAACCGCUAUAAAUCUUGUUUGUCCAUGUGCACAACUUUCAUUUAAAACUACCGUCAAAUACAUUUUCUAACCUUUGCUUUGUUGGGAUUCUUUCAAGCUUUACAAAUUUUUACUUAAACUUUUUUUAUCCAAGUAGCCAUUUCCUGAGUGUAGUCACUCUAUCAUGUCAGGCACAAAUCUGACUGUGUGGCGCGAUUUUGACCAUAUUUGCAGUUAUUGUUACUGAAAACUACCUUUCAAAAUGUAAGAAACCGAUACAUUUUUGCAAAUGUUUACAGUAGAAAUGUAUGGAAAAUGCCUUCUCAGCCUUUUGUGUAGUACUACUACAGACACAUUGUACAAAACUAUUGUAAAACAGAAUGAAAUUUAAGAUUGCACCAUAUUUGAGGCACGGAAUAAAUGCUGCAUAUUAAAUUAUGUGUGUGACACAUAUUGGGAGUACUUAUUAUCUGUCCAUGCGUACACAUGUACGCAGCAUGACUAUUGUUCAUUGUUUCAGGAAGAAACAUCCUUGCAGUUCGGACACAUCCACUGAUGCUCCGUUGCUCUCUCCAAAAUGCCGCUGAGGGUCUUUCUACUGAUUGUGCCAGUGCAUAUCUGGUUGAACGUUCUUCUGUUCUUUCCUGCAAGGAUGCCAGAUUUUCUACUUCCUUUCUGAAAACCCAAACCCAUCAUCCACUCCACAGCAGUACUGGCCUCUGCCUCCUUAUCUUCCUUUUCAGUCAGGUGGUGAGAGAGACAUUCAAGGAUCUCGACCUUGUCUGGUUGAAAUGUGCUGUCUACUGAGGUGGUCUCACCAGCCAGUCUGUCGGCUUUUUCAUUUCCUUUAACACCUGCAUGGCCAGGGCAGAAAUGUGUCGAUUGCCUGUGAAUGUUACAUCUUUCUAUUGUUAGCUCUAUAGCUGAAAGGUCUUCUAAAAAUUGUAUCAAAGUAACAAGGACCUGAAAAAGUAAUAGUCUCCUCUACUUAUUAAUAUAAUAAGAAUAAGAUCCCUCUCCAUUCAAUUCAGGAGAGAAAUCAGAAUGUCCUGAAUACAGUCAAAUCUGUUCAUUGUGCCCCAUCUUGUAAUGACAACCCUGUCUACAGCUGCUGAUAUCCCUGUACUCCACGCAAAAAAAAAA